UAACCACUACCUAUUACUAACUCAUCCAUUAAGCAUGGCUCUUCAAAUCAACAAACCACUGUUGUUCACUCUCAUCACAAUAGUGUUUAUUUCAACUACAAAACUCUUACCUUUCUCUCAACCGCAUAUUUCUAUUGCUGGUGCCACCAUCAUUUUUGCUCUAAUAUUCUUACACAAAUUUUCCUCAACCUCUUCAAACAAACACUCUUCCACACUUCCCCCAGGUCCUCUAUCUGUUCCUAUAUUUGGUAACUGGCUACAAGUUGGCAAUGACCUCAACCACCGUCUUCUUGCAUCAAUGUCACAAACCUAUGGUCCCGUUUUCCUACUCAAACUUGGUUCCAAAAACUUGGUCGUGGUCUCUGACCCUGAGCUUGCCACACAUGUCCUCCACUCACAAGGCGUGGAAUUUGGCUCUCGCCCACGAAACGUUGUGUUUGACAUCUUCACAGGGAAUGGCCAAGACAUGGUUUUCACUGUGUACGGUGAUCAUUGGCGCAAAAUGCGCAGAAUAAUGACUUUGCCAUUUUUCACCAACAAGGUUGUCCACAACUGUAGCAACAUGUGGGAGGAGGAGAUGGACUUGGUGGUGCGUGACCUCAACGUUAAUGAGAAAGUGAGGAGUGAAGGGAUAGUUAUCAGAAAGCGUCUUCAGCUGAUGCUGUACAAUAUCAUGUAUAGGAUGAUGUUCGAUGCCAAGUUUGAGUCUCAAGAGGAUCCUUUGUUCAUUCAGGCCACGAGGUUUAACUCCGAGAGAAGCCGUUUGGCACAGAGUUUUGAAUACAAUUAUGGGGAUUUUAUACCAUUGCUCAGGCCAUUCUUGAGGGGAUACCUCAACAAGUGCAAGGACCUGCAAUCUAGGAGGUUGGCAUUCUUCAACACCCACUACGUUGAGAAAAGAAGACAAAUAAUGACUGCGAAUGGAGAGAAGCACAAGAUCAGCUGUGCAAUUGAUCACAUCAUAGAUGCUCAGAUGAAGGGAGAAAUCAGUGAAGAGAAUGUGAUCUAUAUAGUAGAAAACAUCAACGUUGCAGCAAUUGAGACUACACUGUGGUCCAUGGAGUGGGCAAUAGCAGAGUUGGUGAAUCAUCCAACGGUUCAAAGCAAGAUUCGUGAUGAGAUAUCGAAAGUGCUUAAAGGGGAUGCAGUGACAGAAUCCAACCUACACGAGCUACCAUACUUACAAGCCACGGUGAAAGAGACGCUGAGACUUCACACCCCAAUUCCUCUUCUGGUGCCCCACAUGAACCUGGAAGAAGCAAAGCUAGGAGGGUACACGAUUCCAAAAGAGUCCAAGGUGGUGGUGAAUGCUUGGUGGCUUGCCAACAACCCUUCAUGGUGGAAGAAACCUGAGGAGUUCAGGCCAGAGAGGUUCUUGGAAGAGGAGUGUGCAACAGAUGCUGUUGCAGGAGGAAAGGUUGAUUUUAGGUUUGUGCCGUUUGGUGUGGGAAGGAGGAGUUGCCCUGGGAUCAUACUUGCAUUGCCAAUACUUGGACUUGUGAUUGCAAAGUUGGUGUCAAGUUUUGAGAUGAGUGCUCCUAAGGGGACAAAGAUUGAUGUGAGUGAAAAAGGAGGGCAAUUCAGCUUGCACAUUGCAAACCACUCCACUGUGUUGUUCCAUCCAAUUGGGACACAAUAAUUUGCCUCAUAACUUGCACUUGGCCUAUGAACAAGUCUUGAGUUUGUUUCUCUUUCUAUUUGCCUCAUAAGGCAGUUUGAAAUUGAAUUCUGUCGUUAUAAGUUAUCACUAUUCAACAGUAUAAAACAUAGUUUUCAGUUUUUGUACCGUGUUA